AUGUUAACGUCUAACGGCUCUGCGGGGCCUUCCGGCAGCGGUAGCGGUGGCGGUAAUACAACGACUUUACUAACUGUCAAUGGAAUUAUCCCGAAUCAGCAGAUGGCCGGUCAACACGGGAACCGACCUAGCCCUGUUUUUACUCCUUUCUUUUCGAAUGCAACUUUUACUACGUUUCAAUCUCCUUUUUCCGGCCCUACUUCGGUUGUUCCAUGCAUAGCUUCACCCAAUGGAGGAACCAUCUUUCAAGGACCAGGAGGCCAAUUUCCCUUUAAUAUGACUGGUUCUAUGUUACUGACUCAACCUCAAUCGAUUAUAAACGGAACUCCGAUUAGUUACCAGCCCUUUAGUCAUCCUGUCAGUGUUACUAAUUCAUCCAACGGUACAACAGUUGUCCUAGCGACCAAUGAUAUGUGUAUCUCUUCUUCAGGCCAACUUCCAAUCUUUCAAAAUGGUGCGGUUGUAUCGAUUGCUUCAUCUAACAGCGCUCAAACAACGAAUGUUAGUAUGAAUAACAACAAUAGCAAUAAUAAUACUAGCAAUAACGUUAACUGCGUGGCUGAUUCGACCGCCCCAUCAAUUAAGUGCAAACCUGAGGUCAAGCCCGUUGUCCCUUUAGGAACAGUUACUAAUUCAAAUUCAGCCCCAGAAUCGAAUAUAGGGUCUUUAGAGAAAGCCCAAUUUUACCGUGAUUUUAUCCUGGAAGCUAUUGACAAGCUUCGAGAUAGAAAAGCUCGACCUGAUAUGGAGCGUAUUUCGUGUCUUCUACGUCGUCAACACAAUAUUCAACCCUCGGAUACUCAACUUUGUUUAACUCGGUUAGCUGAAGAUGGAUCGAUAUUAUGUGUGGACUAUAAAGGAAAUUUAAGUUAUAGGAAUCCUGCAAAAUGGCGGAAAACCGCCGCAUCAGCUGUUGGAAUAGCAAAUAAACCAGCCAUUAGCAAACGCUUGAUUGAAGCUGUUCGAUCCCUAAUUCCCGAAGGUGGAGAUAAGAGUCAAAGUUUCACACUCUUCCAGAUUGAACAGGCUAUCAAGAAUCAGAAACCCCCUCAGAAUUCCGAAGGAGAAGGUGAGUCGAGUACAUCUGCAAAUACCCUUCCACCGGAAUUAACUGGAUCCGGACUAAAGAUAUCUCUAGACAAGGAAGUAAAUUAUGGUGGUUUGGCCAAAUUGCACGAUGGUCGAUAUGUGUUAGAUGAGAAUGGAGAAAAGAAACAUCGCAGUAUUAUUUUUAAUUUCAAUCGACGACCAUUCUCUGGUAAGCUAGCUGCGAAUGGUACUUUUGGGAAACCUCCUAUCGCGCCUGCCUUAGAUUCAGUCAGUGGGAAGCCCUAUAACGUGUUCUCCCUCACCCCAGGACGCCCGUUAGCUCGCAGACCUCCUAUUUCGACUGGAAAACGUGGUCGUCCGCCAAGUAUAAAAAAUAAGAAGAUGCUGACUUCCUGUUCUCAGCAGCCUAUCCUCCCCGCACCAUCGGAUAAUAUGUUGGAGAAGCGGAUGAAGCUGGAGCCUGUGCCAGUAACUCCGACUCAAGCAGCAACAUUUGUACCAAUCGAUGGCGCUAUGAUGGUAUCAGCGACCCCAAUGCAGACACUAUCAUUAACUCCAGCACAACAGGUCACCUCCCAGGUCAGUGUUUCUGGAGGCCCAAGUGCAGCUCCUACAGCUGCGAUGAUGAUGUAUCCAGGUAUCUACAAUCAUCCUACCACAACUCUCUUCGCGGUUACCCCAGAAACCACUUCUCUUGUUGGUUCUACAUUCCAACCAGCCGAUACCGCCGGUGCAACUUUGCCAGUGACUUUAAAUACCUCCAAUGCAGUGGUCGCAAACAGCGUUGCUCCUACUGGAUCAAUAGUUGUUGUUAGACCCACGUCUAGUCUGGCGACAACCACGGUGACAACUCUGGCAAAGGAAGGCCAAAAACCAGGAGUUUCUAUUACAGCAAUAAAGCCAUCGCCCAGUGAAGAUUCCAGCCAAAUUCCUAGUCCACCCAAAAACGAAGGUAUCUGCUGUAGAUGUCAACAAAAAGCCGGUGUUGAUGAAUUUUUGAUAUGCAAAGAUUGCGGAAUCAAAGACGAAUCGUUUGGAGGAGAGGAUUUAGAAAGUUGUUUUGAGAGAGAUGGCGUCGUUAUAACGUCCAUUUGUAAGGAGAAUAAAAUCGGUCCAAAUUCAGAAAAGGAGCCUAAAUGUGUUGAAAAAGUAAGCACAUUUCAGGGCAGUCAGGCUGUCAGUUUGUCGCUUAAACUGGAGGUUGGCAGCUGUCAAGGUCAAACGGGGUUGAAGGACUCUUUGUCUGUUAUGAGAUCUCUUUCUCCUUCCGUCCAAAGGCCUCAUGCUUACGUUGUUCAACCUCCUAAGCCACUAACAUUUAAAGAAUGGGCGGAUAAUCUGGAUGAUUUUUAUUCUCCUGAAAGUACUCCAGUUGAAGAGUAUAUGUGGGAUUCGAACUUUUUUGGCCACUCUUCUGUUUCUCAACUCACUUACACGUUGGUUUACCUUCUCGGGAAGAUAUUGUGCAUUCAAAGCGGAGUCGAGUUACUUAAACUUAACAUAUGGGACAGUCUCAAAUUUGUGCAAAUUCGCAAAGCCAAAAAGUCCGUGUACGACUUUGACCUCUUUUACUCUAUUCCGACGGGUCUUAACAAAAUUCUCAAGCAACGCACAGAAAAUAAGGCGUUCUUCAUUGUUUUGGACCAUGUGCUCAUGUGUAAAGAUUCGGGACUUCUGAUUAAGCAUAGCUUAAAAAAUAAUCAUCAGAAGUGUCUGGUUUGUUAUCAUGCCUUAUUACUGCAAAAACGAAACAUGUUGAGGCGAACAAAGUUGACGGAAAAGUACUUCCUAUCUUGGACGAACUGUUUACCAUCAGCGGUUUUUCUUCCGGAACCGCUGAAUGAAGUGGCUCUAGAUAUUAUCAUCCGUGAUAUUCAAGUGGUCCUCACAAGCCUUAAGGUGCAUUUACUCCGCAGUUCAUGUCCCAUAGGAGCCAAUAUAUGGAAUAUGUUUAUCAAAGGCCAGAGACCUAAAGAAUUUAUGCACAGACCUCACCCUAAAGCUCCUGGUAAACCGAUAACGGAUGUAGAUCCCUAUUACUUACCCUUAGAUCUCAGUGUCCAAAGGUCAGCUCACCCUAAAUGCUUGGAUUUUUCCCCAGAAACUACUGCCACAGCGAGACAGAACAGUUGGCAAUGCGCAAAUUGCAAAUCCUGCAGUGUUUGUAAGGUUAGAAAACCGGAGAACGCGAUGCUGAUUUGUGACGCCUGUGAUAAGGGCUAUCAUGACACUUGCCAUAACCCAGCUGUAACUGAUCGAAAAAAUGUUGACCAAAUAGCACCUUGGAUCUGUUCAAGUUGUCAGGAUCUAGGCUAUCAUGUGAAACAAGAUGAAACGAAAAUGGAACGACAGGAAAUCGAUUCAACUUCACCACCUAGUUCAAGCAAUCCGGGAGUAGCUCCUUUACAUCCCACUGUUGGUUUAACAUCAGUAGCAGUUUCAAAAGUGGAUGAUACUCAAACAACUGUGGGUGGAACGAAGGUUGUAAAAUCGCCAUCUGCUGAAGUAGCACCAUUAACUGGUCAAAUUCCUGAAGAAAGUCAUCCUGAUAAGUCUGAAACAAAAGCUAGUCCAUCAAAAGAAGCAUCAACUAACACGAUCCAGAGUCAAGAGCAAAUGGAAGUUGAUGAAGCUUCCCCGCCAAAUGAGGAUGCACCGCAGCAUGAUAUUUCAGAAACUCAAAUUAACAACUCUCGACCAGAGAAUGUUCGCCACUGGACGGCAAAUCAAGUUGCAGACUGGUUGAGAGAACAGGGGAAUUACGAACGAGAAGCGGAUAUUUUCAGAGAGAAUGAAAUUGAUGGCUGUGCCCUGAUGCUCCUAAAAAACUACAAUCUUCUCAUUGAUACAAAAAUUAAAAUUGGACCAGCGGUUAAGAUUCUGGAGAAGGUUCGAAUACUUCAAGCAAGUAUGGAUUCUCGAGGUCUUUGA